GACAGGCUCUGUAUAUAUCUGAGACCUGUAAUAUAUUGAUGAAAAACAGUACAAUAGGGGACCUUUAAUGUCUUUCAUUUUGUAAAGCACUUUGAAUUGCCUUAUGUUGAAAAGUGCUAUAAAAAUAAACUUCCCUUGCCUUACAGUUACAACGGUGCCGUCCGCCAGCAGAGUCGACUUCACGCCACGUUGCUUUUCCUCACGCUGCUGCUUUCCGCCUGUAUCUGGGUGGUGUGGAUCACGAUGUUGGUCAGAGGGAAUCCAGAGUUGGGCCAUAGACCUCGAUGGGACGACCCGGUGAUUUGCAUCGCUUUGGUGGCAAACGGUUGGGUGCUUCUGAUGGGCUACGGCUUGUCCCAGAUCGCCUUCUUCUGCCGAGGGGAGGCCAAGAACAAGGACCUCCCUCUGAGCUUUGCAGGGUGGACCAGUCCCAGCGCUGAUAUUCCAGGAUUGAACAGCCCCAAGGAAGGGAAUGAGAACGGGAGCUUUGAGAGCGAUAGUGAGACCAGAAGAGGCAGGAGGACGCAGCAGUCGCUGAGAUCUCCCUACGAGUCGGGAUUCUCCUUGACAGACAUCGACCCAGACAAGGACUACACCAUCCCUCGCCCGAAGACCACCAACUACCUGGAACCUUAUGAUGAAUAUUGAUUGAAAUAAUUGUCUGGUUCCUACACACACAUGAACAUAAACUGAUGUAUACCAAAGACAACGCCAAGCCCAAACUCGUGCACUGAUCUGUGCUUAAAGGGAUACUUUAACCCCCUAAAGAAUCCUUUAGAUAUCAAUUACUCACACAAUGUUUUCUUGAAUUCUUAAAAAAGUUUUUCUUGCAUGCCGACAAAAAAUCAUAAGACACAGAAGUUGUGAUGAAGUGAAGUAAAUGGUCCAACAACAACAACAACAACAACAAAAACUGCAUGAAAACACUAGUUACAAAUGUUUGCACAACUUUCAUUGUCCAAUUCAAGUCAUAUUUAUCCAAAUAUAUGCUAAUUAUUCUUAUCAAACAUCUUACUUUGUGACACGCAAGAAAAACACUAAUAUGUCUUCAAGAGUUCAAGGUAACACUGGUGUGACUUAAUGAUCUAUUUAACGACAUUUUCUUUUUUUUUGGGUGACGUAUUCCUUUAAUGUACAAAAAAAAUAGUUUUUCUACAUUUCAUUUUCUUGUGCAAAUGUAAAUAUUUGUAAAUGUGCCAAUAUGUUAAACCCUCCGUCCCGAAAAGUAGAAAGAGACUCGAACAGAAUGACUCAUCUGCCCGAGUUUCAUCAUGUAGGAGCGAUGGGUUCAGCUCACGGGAAAUCCAUCACCAAAUGCUUUGUGAUGGUGUGUGUGUGUGUGUGUGUGUGUUGCUCUCAGAGUGUAUAUAAAAGCCCUGAGGUGAUGGAGGAGGUGUGGAACUGCCACUCUGAAGGUGCCAAACUGCUGAGGAGAGGAAGGAUGAAAGUGUGGAGGGGGGUUAGAUGAGAGGAGACAGGAGGAGACAGUGCCAUCCGUGAUUAACAUCUUCAUAUUCAAAGUUACUUAACAGUCUCUGGGUUUUGUUGGUGCUGCUGCACAGAAAACAAUGUUCAUAAAUGACACAAGGUGGGUGUCUUCAGUGACUAUACACAUGCUCAAUAAAAGGGUUUAUCC